AUGUCGGUCAACGAAUACUACACUAAAAACCAGACGUUAUGGGAAGAAAUGAACAACCUCAGGCCACUCCCUCUAUGCAAGUGCAAUGCCAGGUGCUCAUGUGAUCUGGUAGAAGUGAUCAGAAAGGAGAGGGACAUCGAUCAAGUGAUUCGGUUUCUACAAGGCCUUAAUGAGGAUUACAACAACUUGAAGGCUAUGUUUCUCGUUUUGGAUCCUUUGCCGGAGGUCUAUAAGAGCUCCAUGGGAGAGGAAAAUCUAGCUGCUACUCUGAAUGUGUACAAUGGCAGGAAGAGUAAUGUUGCAAAAGCCAAAUGUACAUUCUGUGGUAGCACCACUGCAGCUGUGGCUUUAACCCCCAAUUUCGAUGAGAUAAACAGCAACAAUGAAGGCAGGCAUAUAGGAGACAUAAGGAUUAAUGACAGUUUAUGGUUGAAAGAUGCACUUCAUAUUCCUACAUUCAAGUUCAACAUUAUUUCUGUGAGUAAGUUAGUUAAAGACACAGCCUGCAAACUAACUUUCAUGCCUAAACAGUGCCUGAUUCAAGCGUGUCAUGGGUUGAUAGCUGGUAUAGCUAGAGAGGAGGGUGGUUUGUACCUUCUGAUGCAGUCACCAAAGAUGGCGGACAAACACUGUGCUUUGCAAUUGGUUGAUGAUUUUUCGAGAUUCACUUGGAUACAUUUGAUGAAAAGUAAAUCUCAGACCAGACAAUUUGUGAAAGAGUUACAUGCUUAUGUGUUUACACAGUUUGGGAUUUUGAUAAAAACAAUCCGAAGUGACAAUGGUCUUGAAUUCAAAAUGAAUGAGUUUUUCUCAACUAAUGGCAUUAUUCAUCAACAAUCAUGUGUAAAUACACCACAACAAAAUGAUGUGAUUGAAAGAAAGCAUCAACAUAUUCUUAACGUGGCAAGAUCUCUUAGAUUCCAAGCUAAUGUCCCUUUGAAAUUUUGGGGGCACUGCAUUAUGCAUGCUGUCUUUAUCAUAAAUAGACUUCCUUCUCAUAUCAUUGACAUGUUAAGACCUUUUCAGAGGCUAUAUGGUAAGAAUCCUUAUAUUAGCAACCUCAAGACACAAAAUGGCACCUCGAGGAAGAAGAUGCAUGUUUAUAGGCAUUCCAGCAGGGGUAAAGGGUUUUCUGCUCUAUAUGAUGUGGAUGAUGACUCCGUGUUUAUAUCUAGAGAUGUCACGUUCUAUGAAGCUCAAUUUCCCAUGGCAGAAAAGGAAUGGUCUAAUCAAAACCAACCAUAUGAGAGGCCAUCCCUUCCUAAUGUUCCUAUCUCUUUGGAUUUUGAGUUGCAGACUCAACACACUGGAACAAGUCAGUCCUGUGACUCCUAUGAAACAGUACCAAGCCACAACAACCAACAGUUUCAAGAGGUUGAAUCUAGUGAGCCUAGCCACAAUGGCAACUAUGCUAGGGAUCUUGAUUCUAGCCAAACCAACAGCUCAUCCCCGGUCUCAGUAAGUCCAGAAUCAAGACCUUCCAUAUUAAGUGAGUGA